AUUAAAUCAUAUUUGCAAAUGCCAAGAACUAGCAAGACUGCCUCAAAAGAUCAAAUUAAAGAGACAUUUCAAAUUCCUCCUAGGGUCAAGAAGAAGAGACAUACUAAAGAGAAAGCACAAGAAGGUAAAACUAACAAGAGGAGAAAGACUCGUGAAGGAUCUUCCACAAGAAAAGCUCAAGUAGUCUCCAGUGAUUCUGAAGAAAAGACCAAGAGUAGAGGCAAAAGAAGGAAGAGAACUGAGCAAGAGAAAAAGAUAAGACAACAGAAAAGAGCUGUCAAUUGUGUCAGACUUAAGAAAUAUUAUGAAAAUAAAGAAUCUAAGGAAAAGAAGCAAGAGCCAAUACAGGACGGUGCUAAGCAGACUGAGAACUCCCCAGAAGUGCCACUAGAUAGAGUCCAGAAGGCUGAGAAGACUAGAGUGAAAAAUGCCAUUAAGCCUGAAAGAGAAGAGAAGAAAGGUGUAGAAGAGACUGAGAAAGGUGAAGAAGCUACUAAGAAAGAUCAGUCAAAAAUAACUCAUGAAGACCUUCCAAUUCUUAGGGUUAGUCUUGAGAACGUCAAGUACAAUGUGAAAUCUGAGAACCAUUCUUCACAAAGCAAGAAUAGUAACGCUGAAGAGAAGGAUUUAAACUUGGUGAAAUUUGAUAAAUCCUUGGAUAAAGCAGAUGCCUUCCUCCUUAAGAUGGACGAUGACUUGGAAACAAUUCCUCAUAACAGUGAUGAUGAAGACUCAUGAGUCACUCUACUGGGUGACGUUUGUGAGAAUGAGAGAUCUGAACUAGCGUUUCUUCGUAAUCUGAUAGAGGAGGUAAAGACAAAAUAUGGAUUCUUAGUGAAGUCAGAUAGAUAUCAAGAUUUUUUGGAGUAUUUGGAUGAGAAAUUCUCAUUCUCACCUUCUACAAAAGGAAAAAUAGGAGAAUCUUUUAACGCAAUGAAGCCGAUCAACCUUUGUGUGUCCAAGCUAGAAACUUACUUUUGCAUAAUGAAUUUUAGACUUGACAACGAAAGUAUAAUCCAUUUCUCAUUCAAGAUUAAGAAGAAUCCUCCAGAGUAA